UCUUAAUAUGCUCAUAAUAGGUAAAAAAAACCAAAACAAAAAACGUUGAAAGAGUCAGAAAACGUGUCGAAAGAAAAAUAGAAUGGUACAGCUUUGAUGAACUGUCAUUGGUUCCCCUCACCCCCAAUGUUCACAACGUCUGGCUCUAUUUGGGCAUCUUAUGACGCAGUUUCCUCGGAGGCGAAACCACGGAAAGAUAAACUCGGAGCCGGACUCAUUAGCUUGACGCACAGCCGCACUCGGAAGCUGUCCGGACGUAAACAGAGAGAUGUGGCUGCUGUCAGUGCUGCUGCCUCUUCUCAAGCUCUAUUUCUGCGGAGUCAAAGUGCUCCUCUAUCAGACCUUCAACAGAGCUUUUAUGCUCCCAGUUUUACCCAGGCAGGAUGGAAGAGUUGCCAUGGUUACCGGGGGAACCAGAGGAAUGGGUUAUGAGACAGCCAAACACCUGGCAAAGCUCGGCAUGCAUGUUGUCAUAGGGAACAAGAGAGAAGAAGGUGCAGCGGCCAUCCGGAGGAUUCAGGAAGAAGACAGCCAGGGGAAAGUUGAGUUUGUCUUCGUGGACCUGACCUCUCUGAAAUCAGUGCGACAGUUUGCUCAGACUUUCCAGAACCGAGGGCUCCCCCUGCAUGUUCUGGUUAACAACGCGGGAACCAUGAUGGUUCCUGAGGGGCAGACGGAGGACGGCUUUGAGAUCCACUUUGCUUUGAACUACCUGGGUCACUUCCUGCUGACCAACCUGCUGCUGGACACGCUGAAGCGCUCGGGCCGGCCGGCCCGCUGCUCCCGGAUCGUCAACAUGUCCUCGGCGACGCACUACGCAGGAGAGGUGCACAUGGACGACCUAAACAGACAGAUCUGCUACAGUUCCCACGGCGCCUACGCCCAGAGCAAACUGGCUCUGGUGCUCUUCACCUACCACCUGCAGGAGCAGCUGACGGCCGGCGGCUUCCCGGUGACCGUUAGCGCUGUGGACCCCGGCAUGGUGGACACGGCGCUCUACGACAACCUGUGGAGUAUCGCGCAGGCGCUGAAGAAACCCGUGGCCAAGAUCCUGUUCAGGACUCCAGCCGAGGGAGCGUCCAUAUCUGUGUACGCUGCAGCUGCCUCUGAGAUGGAGGGGGUGGGGGGCUGUUACCUGUACAACGGCCACAGGAAGCAGUCCUCGGACACUUCCUACGACUCAGAGCUGCAAGCCGAGCUGUGGAAGAAGAGCUGCGAGCUGGUGGGCCUUCAGAAGGCCUGACUCCUUCUCUAAUCACCUCUAGUCUGUCGGAUGAACUGUACGUUUCACACCUGGAGACAUUCUAAUCAAAUGUCCAGUUUAUUUGAUGAUAUUGCACAAUAAUUUUUCCCAUGAUCACUGUGAAUGAAUAUAAUAUUAAUUUAUAGUUAAUGUGAGUAUUGUUGUAUCAACAGAUUAAGGAAGAUGUACCAUUUAUUACAAUACGUUAAUAAACGCUAAUAAACAAAUUGCC